GGGCUCCCAUCCUCUUCUCAUCGUGAACAUUUACCGAUCUCCUCUCUGUCUCUCGUCUUCCCUUCUUUGAUACUGCAACCAUAUUUCUACUCCCUUUCUCUGCUUUCAACUAUAACCAGCUCAUAAGAAGCCAACAACUGGUCAGAAGCUCAUCCACACAAUGUCUCGUUCUCUCGAUGGCAAGCUCGGAAUCGUGACCGGCGCCUCUCGAGGCAUCGGCGUCGCCAUCGCCGAACACCUCGCCGCAAAAGGCUGCAACCUCAUCCUGGGCUACACCUCCCCCUCCUCCAAAUCCCCAGCCGAACAACUCGCCACAGACCUAAGCAACAAACACAACAUCCAAACCCUCGCAGUCCAAGCCGACAUGGGCACGCCCGAAGGACCCCAAUACCUCGUCGCAACCGCAAAAUCCCACUUCGAAAAGACCAACAACAACAACAAGAAAUUCCAAAUCGACAUCCUCAUCAACAACGCAGGCGUAGCCCAAAACAACCUCCUCCCCUCCAUAACAGUCUCCCAAUUCGACGUCUCCUACCGCGUGAACGUCCUCGGGCCCCUCCUCCUAACCCAAGCCGUCCAGCCCUACCUCCCCACCGACCGCUCCGGCCGCAUCGUAAACAUGUCCUCCGUCAGCUCCUCCGCCGGCUUCCCUGAGCAAAGCGUCUACGGCGGCACCAAAGCCGCGCUCGAGGCCAUGACGCGCACCUGGGCCCGCGAGCUCAGCGAGAACGCCACUGUCAACGCCAUCAACCCGGGACCCGUACUCACUGAAAUGUACGCGGGCAACACGCCCGAGUUCAAGCGCUUCAUCAAGGGUUUUAUCGAGCAUGCGCCGCUGAUGAAGGCGAGGCAGGGCAUCGACGCGGAUGAGCUUGUCAAGGCCGCCGAGGAGGAGGGCGGGAGGCCGGCGUAUGUUGGGGAGAUUGCGGGUAUUGUGGGCAUGCUUGUCUCUGCGGACUCUGCAUGGUGUACGGGACAGGUUGUUUGCGCUAAUGGCGGUAUGUUUUUCGGGUUGCAGUAGAUGGGCAGUUAUAUAGACGUGACUUACUGCGUUGGAUUGUGAGGCCGUAUGACGGGGUUUUUUGCUGUGUUAGUUAUGAGGUAGACUUAGAAUUUGAUUCCCCACGUUCCGCUGGAUUAGAGUUUCUUAAACUUCAUUAACUUCUUGAGUA